AUGGACCGGCUUGCAGCCCCCUGGACGGUGCGUCCAGCGCCUGGACUUUCGAUACUUUCGCGAGCUCCAGCACGUGCACGGGUGGCUGGUGCUGGUGCUGCGCAUCUUCACGGCAAUCAUGGCUCGCUCUUCCCGUGGGCGUCUCAUCGCGCGGCCUUGGCCGGCGUUGCCACAGUCGGCCUCCGAAGCCUCACUCGCCGGCAAGGUGCAGCGGUCUUUGCCGAAGCCGAAGGUGAGGGAGCAAGCGGAGAAAGCGACAGCGUGUCAAGCUUGCUGGCAGCCUUACAGGGGUCGUGGGAAGAUGAUGUGGGGCUGAGCAUCUCCGUGAAGGGCACGGAUGUGAACUUCGGAGAUGGCACUGGGCCUUGGGAGGUGAGUCAGAAAGGCUCAAGUCUCUUCCUCCGUGGCACCCGCUUCAUUGGCAGCGCUGAUGCCCCUGCCUGGGAGUUUCCGAACGGCGUGCAGCGGACGUGGUCCCGACCGGAACCACUGAGCCCUGAGCAGGAGAACUGGCGUGGAAUCUUCCUGGAAUACAAGGCGGAGCGCCUGCAACUUCGACGCCAGCUGUGGGCCAGUCUUGUGGUGGAGGACUCCUCGCGAGCAGAACAGCUCCUGGAGCUUUGGAACUCGGGCAACGUGUCUGGGCACGAUGGCAGCGAGUACAGCCUCGAGCAGCAAGCGCGGCUUUCUGCUGGACGUUUCAUCGUUCCGGGCACCUGCUUCCUGCACCGCCGCUACGGGUAUCGUGCUGUGGUCGUCUGCUGUGAGCCGUGGUGCAAUGCCGGGAAGGCGUGGAAACGCAUGAUGGGUGUUUCAAGCCUGCCUAGGGGCGAGCUGCAGCCCUUCUAUCACUGCUUGGUUGACGAGCGGGAUCGACCAGGAGCACAAAUAACGUUUGUGGGCGAGGAGAAUGUGGCACCAACCGAGGAAGAGCUUCAAAUACAGCAUCCCCUCGUGAAGACGCUGCUGAUCAGGUGUGAUGAGCUGAACUCGUAUUUGCCAUCGCCCCGAUUGGAACAGGCCUUGAGUAGUCAGCGCCAAGGGCAGACUUUUCAAUGGAACUUCUGA